AUGGAAAACAGGAAGAUUAGCAUGAUAAGUGAGUUGGCUCUCUCACAAGAUGACUAUACCAUUAAGGUCCGUGUCAUCCGUUUGUGGAGACAAACUUCAUGGAAUCAACAACUUCGUAUGAUUGGCAUGAUAUUGAUGGAUGAAAUGGGCUCAAAAAUUGAAUGUAAUGUGGACAAACCAUUUGCAUCGCUUCAAGGAAAAUCUUUUGAAGAAUAUGGUGAUUACUACAUUCAUAAACCCACAUUAGGGUUAAAUGAAGGUGCUAUAAAGUUUGUUGACGGUCCACACAAACUCUAUUUCCAGUAUAACACGAAGGUAACUAAAUGCAUAGAUUUUUGCGGGCCACAGAAUUCUUUUGAUUUUGCAGACUUCCAACAACUUCAUGAUAAUGCAAUAAACCCAAAAAUUUCAUUUGAUGUUAUUGGAAACGUUUUCCGGUGUUUUCCAUUGGAACCUGCAAAGGAUAGACAGGAAAAGAAAAUCACAUUCAAAAUGGAGGAUUUAGAAGGACAUGAAGUUUUUGUUACCCUAUGGGGAAGGUAUGCUGAUGAAAUUAAUGCAUAUGUCUCUAAGCAUACCGGUCAUUUUGUAUUGCUUAUUCAAUGUGCUAAGUUGAAGCUUGUCCGAGAUCGUCCUUAUGUCAAUAACACCUACUUGGCCACAAAACUUUAUAUUGAAGAUGACAUUGAGGAGAUAACAACUUUCAAAAAAAGUUUACAAGCAAAAAAAGGCUCUUUGACUUCCUCGGUUUCACGUACCUCGGGUUCAUCCAUCAUGUAUUCACUACAUGAUGACUUUCUUCAAAAAAACUCUUUUCACCAAAUAUCCGCUAUUCACGAAUUGAACGAGGGAGGUUGUGCGGUAAUUCUUGGCACAAUAAAGAUGUUUGAAGAUACACGGAACUGGUAUUAUAAUGCUUGCAAACAUUGCAAGUCAAAGGUUCAAAUAGUUAAGGUUUCAGAUGAGACGGUCAAUGGCUUGGACCAGUUAGAAGAGAAAGAGAUUAUGGUUUGUACAAAUGAAAAGUGCAAGGACAAACUUAUUACUGUUGAACCAAGUUUUAUGAUCAAAGUUCGAGUUCAAGGUUUAGUUGGUGUUGUGAGUCUUACGAUCUUUGAUCGUGAAGUCAGAAAUAUUCUGAAAUUAUCUGCUGCUGAUUUAUUAUCAAAAUAUGAAAGGUUUGGCAAUACAAGUCAGUUUCCUAUUGAGUUGAAUGCCAUGAUCGACAAAAAAUUGGCUUUCAAGAUUGUUGUCAAGACAUUUAAUGUUUCAAGAUUUGGUCGUUCUUACAACAUUUCCAAAAUAACGGAUAAUGUUGACAUUAUUUCUGCUUUGGAGAAAAAUGAGAAAAAGAGUAGGAUUGAACAGGACAUGGAUACUGAAUCUGUUAAUAUAAUUGGCUCAGAAUUUGCAUCUCAAGAAACAGUGGGUUGUAAGGAUGAUACUUCCCACACUGCUGAUAAUACUCCUGUGUCGAAUAUUCCCUCUGGCAUAUCAUCAAGAACAGUCAACAACCUCAAUUCACCGCCUAGAAGUGCCAAACGUAAACUUGUAGAUGUUUACGAUCUUGAUGAUGACGUUUAUGAAUCAGCAACGAAACCUAAUGCACAGCACAUGCUUUCUAAUAUAACUACCAACAUUCAAACACCUUCAUCAACCAAGUUUGUCAAUAUUGUUGGUAACAAUGAAAAUGUCAGCCCAACUUUGUCAUGUGGAUAUCAGCAAACACGGGUUCAGUCUAUUUCGAAUAUUUAUAUCGACAGUCCAUUGUCGAACAAGGCUAAAGAUAAACGAAAAGAAAGGAAAAUUUAUUUGGAUACAAGAAGAUCCAAUCACAUGUCCACCGUACCAAUCGGUAAUGUUGGUCGUGAUCAACAACAUUUUCAAUAUGCUUCUGAUUUUUUUACAAGAACUCCGUUGUCCAACAUUUCGAAUGUAAAUGCACAAUAUUCUACCUUGUCCGGUGACAUGAGAGCUACGAAUUCAUCUUCAGUCACUCAAGCUUCUUCCAGCAAUUUAUCAUGCAGAAAACUAAAUAGAAAAAGAAAGAUUCCAAAUAUAUCUCAGAUACCCAUUUUGGACCUAACAUCAGAUGAAGAUUUACGUGAUCAACAAAUCCGUCAACAGUUAAUAUCAGAUUACUUGGACCAUGGUGACCAGACAUUUGUGUGUACGAUGUGUCAUGCACAAUUAUGGACAUAUGAAGCUCUUAAAGGCAAUACUUCCGGAAAGAAAACUUCUUAUUCCAUGUGUUGUGGUAACGGAAAAGUCGAGCUUCCUCAAUUAAAACAAGCUCCAACAAAUUAUCAAAAUCUCUUUCGUAAUGUUGAUCCAAAAGGAAAAAAUUUCAUGAAGAAUAUUCGUCGAUUCAAUUCGAUGUUUUCCUUUACUUCAAUGGGUGGAAAAGUUGAUUCUUCCAUUAAUAGGGGCAAUGCUCCAUAUGUUUUCAGACUUAGCGGUCAAAAUUACCAUUGUAUGGGAAGUCUUUUACCUAUAGACGGAUCCAAACCAAAGUUUUCACAACUAUACAUAUAUGAUACUGAAAAUGAAAUAACAAAUAGACAACGCGCUUUCAGUACACAGAACGAAGGUUGCACAUCAACUUCUCAUUCUCUUGAUAUUGAAAUCAUUAGAUUUUUGAAGGACAUGUUGGAUUCGACCAAUGAGUUGGUUAAGUGUUAUAGAAUGGCCAGAGACUGUUUUGAUGAAAAUCCUCAUAUAGAUCUAAAGUUACGUCUUAUAGGAAGAAGGCAACAAGAUGGAAGGACAUAUAACUUACCUACUGCUUCUGAGGUUGCUGCUUUAAUUGUUGGUGACAUUGGCGAUGCAAUUGAUAAUAGAGAUAUCAUCGUAACAACUAAAUCAGGAAGUCUACAACGUAUAAACGAAUUACAUCCGGCUUACCUUGGUCUUCAGUACCCACUACUCUUUCCAUAUGGAGAUGAUGGAUAUAGAGUUGAUAUACCUCACAGGGAUGUUGAUCCUUCAACUAAUACCAAACGUCGUUUCUGUACAAUGAGAGAAUUCUUUGCUUAUAGAAUUCAAGACAGAGUUAAUGUUUUUUCAUUAAUUCUUAAUUCAAGAAGGCUUUUUCAACAAUUUCUGGUUGAUGCUUAUACGAUGAUUGAAACUGAGAGACUAUAUUACAUACGCAACCAGCAAAAAGUUCUUAGAUGCGAAUCUUAUGAAACUUUAAAAAGUGUACAAAGUCAUGUUGUUUAUACGGUGGAGUUUCAAAAGCGCGGUCUGCCUCACGCACAUAUAUGUUUAUUCAUGCACCCUGAUUACAAACUCCCUACUGUUGAACAUAUUGAUCGAGUUAUUUCGGCAGAAAUUCCAAACAAAGAUGAUGAUCCAGAAUUGUACUCACUUGUCAGUGAGUUCAUGAUGCAUGGUCCAUGUGGUUCUGAUAAUCCAAAAUGCCCAUGCAUGAGUGAAAACAAGUGUUCGAAAAACUUCCCGAAGCCAUUCUUGGAGAAUACUUCCGUUGAUUCAAAUGGUUAUCCUAUGUAUAGGAGACGUAAUGAUGGAUCUUUUAUAGAAAAGUCAGGUGUUAAGUUAGACAACAGAAGUGUUGUUCCAUAUCACAAAACCCUUUUGAAACGAUAUCAAGCUCAUAUUAAUGUUGAGUGGUGCAAUCAAGCGGCUUCCAUCAAAUAUUUGUUUAAAUAUAUUAACAAGGGUCCUGAUCGGGCUACUGUUGAAGUUGCACAAAACAACAACGGAGGUGAUAAUGAUGAUGCUCCGGUUGAUGAAAUAAAGAACUACUAUGAUUGUAGGUAUUUGUCUGCGUGUGAAGCUUCGUGGCGUAUAUAUGGAUUUGAUGUUCAUUACAGAUAUCCUUCAGUUGUAAGGCUUCCGUUCCAUCUUCCUGGAAAACAAAAUGUUGUAUACGGAGCAGAUGAUGAUAUUGAAGAUGUCCUCAACAAACAAUCUGUUUCUUCUUCGAUGUUCUUAUCUUGGAUGAGCUGUAAUGAACAUAAUGAGGAUGCACGAAAACUUUCUUAUGUUGAGUUUCCUACAAAAUUUGUAUGGAAACAAGAAGAUCGUUGUUGGGAGCCAAGAAAGAAAGGGUUUUCUAUUGGGAGGAUUCACACAGUUUCACCUAAUCUCGGUGAAGCAUAUUUUUUGAGAAUUCUUUUAAAUAAAGUCAAAGGUCCAAAAUCAUUUCCAGAUAUUCGUACAGUUAACGGACAAGUAUGUCCUACUUUUAGGGAUGCAUGUUAUGCUCUUGGACUUUUAGAAGAUGAUAGAGAAUAUAUUGAUGCCAUCGAGGAAGCAAGUCAUUCAGGAUCUGGUUAUUAUUUACGGUUUCUAUUUGCAACUAUGUUAAAGUCUAAUAGUUUGUCUAAACCGUGUUAUGUUUGGGAAAAUACUUGUCAAUACUUAUCCGAUGGAAUUCUCUACAAUCAACGAAUAAGAUUAAAGUCUCCAGGUUUAUCCCUUAAUGACGAUCAACUUAAAAACUUGACGCUAUAUGAGAUUGAAAAAAUUCUACUCCAAAACAAUUCAAGCCUUAAAGAUUUUGUUGGGAUGCCUUACCCUGAUCAUGAUUCGAUAUCUUCUUCAAACAACCGUUUGAUUACUGAGGAGUUAGAUUUUGAUAUGAACAGUCUACAACAAGAAUCUCAUCAACUACUUGAUUCAUUAACAAUUGAACAACGAUCAGUUUUUGAUGAAAUCAUGACAGCUGUUAAACAGAAAAAAGGAGUUAUGGUGUCCCGAUUCAAGAAGGAAACAAAGGAGAAAAUAGAGGCAAUUCUGAAAGGAAGUGAUGCUGGAAAGGGGGAGAUGCAGGAAACAUCAUUCCCUCCUCCUUGA